AAAAUAUGAAAGAAUGUUUCAAAAUGCUCUGAUCGCUGAGCUCUGAUCUUUUGCAACGAAAUGCAAUGAACAGUAUACAGUAUACGAGGGGAAACCUUUCACAAUUUAAGCUAGUAUUAAUUGAAUAAAAUCUCAAGCAAUGUAUUAUUCCAAAGAAAUAGACGUAAAAGAGAAAUUAAAUGAGCAAGUGAGUCAGAAAACUUUACAAGAUAUUGAAGAUUUUCUACUGCCAAAAUUUGAUACGAAACUACCUGACAGUAGAAGAAAGUGGAGAAUUGUUCAAGAUGGACACGGUAGAUGGCGGGAAGUAAAAAUUGACUUGCAAGAUGAAAUGCAAGGGAAAUACAGAAUUCCAGAUAAAUGUUUACCAAACGAAAACAGUAUAACUCAACCUAGAAACAAGUUAUCAUUCUCAAAUAACAUGCUAAAUUCAGUAAAAGGACCAGUUGUUGCACGGAUUGACAAAAGUGGCAGAUCAUCAAGACAGGAUUCAAACUACAAAAUGCUCUCAACCAACACUCGAGCUAACAUUUUCCCUGGUAAAGGUAAACAUAACUGGUUUAGCCAAUCAAAUAAUGUGUACACUCAAUCUGCAUUGAAGUUGGGAGAUCAAGGUGGACAUGAUCUACAAGAUGGGUUUUAUGGGAUCACUCGGGAUGCUUUAGGAGCAUGGAAUGAAGCAAGUGUGCAUCAUGAACGGAUGAAAAAGGCAUGGGAUGUAUAUCUGGAAUCUAUAACAAAACCUGGAGCGGUGUUAAGGAGAAGAAAAGAGCCUGAUCAAAACAAUGUAGAUGUAUCUAAAGUUAUCAAAGAAACAAAGAAAGUUAAAAUAUCAAAUAAAAAACAAACUCAUAAAGAAACUGGUGAAGAAAUUAGACAUAAUGAAAAUGAAUUUAAGGUUGUAGAUGAUAAGUCAAAUACUUUGCAAGAAACACUAAACAAGGAUGAUGAUUUUUGGGAUUUUUACGAACAACCUUUUUCCAAAUCAUAAUUUUAGGUAAAAUGUAAUUAACUGUUUGAUUCUAUGUAUUAUAAUAAUUGACUCUAUAUUGGUAGA